CGGAAGACGUCGGGAAGCCGCUCCAGUUGAAGGACGUGUGGCAAAAAGUGUCUUUCGACUUGGGUGAUGCCAAGUGUCAUAACACAGUGAAUACCCAAGUCUGUGACGGAGUUCUAGAGUGUGGAGGUGAAACUUGGGUUGUCAUCCCGUCGCUGCUCUUAAUGUGUGUUAUAGUUAGUGGGAAGCCAGCUGGGUCUGCAGUAGGUGACUCGAGGAGCGUGUGCCGUGACAUACUAGUGGUGUUCCCCGUGCUAGAAGGUGGGCGGCACGUGUGUGUAUGUGAGUGUGGACAAGGACAGGCAGUGUGCAUGCGUGGAGUGUCUGAGAGGGCCGUGCACAAGGUCAGAAAGUGAGUGAGCGAGGGUGGUUCAGUAUGCCCUCACGCGGGUGUCCUCAGUACCAAGUGGGCGGCGCUGUGCUCGGUUUACCCACCAAGUCGCUCUCCCUGCCCACACUCCAUCCCCACGCCCGUAGUGCCACACCAAGACGUCUCCACUUCACCAGCGGCACCUCAGACAUGGGCACGUUAGCGGCACCUGUACAGUUUACCGGAGCUCCCCGGGAGCAGUUGGAGUGUUUACCCGAAAUUGUUCCUCCUUUACUGGAAACAGACGACACCCAGCCUACCAAACACCGCCCCAAGUCCUCCAUGUCUUACUGCGAGGAGGGAGAGUGGCAGAGGAGCUCCUCGCCAGCACCCUCCACCCACAGCGGUAACUCUUCGCCCUCGGAAGUCGGGGACUCUGGAGUGUGUUCUGAACACGACACCCCGCCACCCGCGUCCCGACAUCCUACACGCCCUCAGCCCCUUCGUCACCACACCUCCUCGGACUCGGACAGCGAGAGCAAUGUGUCAAGCGACUCUAUGACAGGGUCUUCCCGCAGCGGCCAGCAACCUAAGCACCAGUGGGCCUCCUCGAGCAGGACAUCGUCAACAAGGCGCUCUAGCCGCUCCUUCCUGCCCACUACCAAGAAAGCCAGUUUACCAGAAUGUCUCAUGAACGAGAUCCGGGAAAAAUGGCAGGAGUUACAGCAGCGUCGGCAGCAGCAGCAGCAGCAGCAACAGCAGCAGCAACAGCAGCACCAGCACCAGCACCAACAGCAGCACCAACAGCAACAGCAACAACAGCAACACCACCACCAUCAUCACCAACAACAGGGAGGUCGAGUGGAGGAGCGUGGGCACUUGGGUAGGUCAGCUGGUCCCCAUCAGUGGUCAUCUGGACGCCAUCACGUUACACAGCGUCGGUCCUGUCCUGCCAGUCCCUCUCUCUCUCGCUGCUCCUCCAACUUCCCCUCCUCCGUGUCCUUAUUUGAAGAGGAAGUAGAGUCGCCACGCACCUCCCCAGUGUACCUGGAGGGGUGGCGCCAAAUGGGUCUAUCAACAGGCCAAAGUCAGUGUGACGACACUCGGUCCCUAUACGAGUGCCGGGAUGACAAGGCCGGUCAGGGCUUCGCUGGGAUCAGAGACAUCUUCUCCCCCCAGCAGGAGUCCACCAUCAAGAGUUAUAAGGGCACCGUCAGGGGCGUCAAGAACCGAGUAAGGGCCGGCAUCGCCACUUUCACCUCCGACCAGAGCAUUACCAAGCACUUCAUGGAGAAGGAGCGGGGUAAGGUGGUCGUCUAUGUCACCACUCUGGGUAUCGUGCGCGGCACCUACGAGCGGUGUCUGCGCAUCAGGAAGAUCUUAUGGACGCUGCUGGUGCGCUUCGAGGAACGUGACGUGUUUAUGGCUCGGGACACACAGCUCCAGCUACUAGACCGUCUACGAUCUAGGAGUGUCACUGUCCCACACGUCUUCCUUGAGGGACAGUACCUAGGGGACGCCGAGCAGAUCGAGCGUAUGAACGAGUGUGGUGAACUGAGACGCCUCCUACAGCCCUACAGGAGGGCGACGACGUGCAGCCUGUGCGACACGUGUGGGGGUUUCCGCCUCCUGCCGUGCUCCGUGUGUAAUGGCUCCAAGAAAUCUGUCCACCGCAACAACUUCACCCUUGAGUUCGUGGCUCUUAAGUGCUCCAGUUGCGACGAGUCCGGCCUUGUCAAGUGCAUGGACUGUGCCGAGUACAAGGACGAGCUCGAUUCCCAGCAGCUGUAGACGAGAGUACAAGGACGACCUCGAGACACAUGUGUAGAUGGGAGUAAGAGGACGUCCUCGACUCCCAGCAGCCGCAAGAGGCUACCGCAGCCGAGUACAGGAACGUCCUCGACUCCCCACAGCAGUUUAGAUAAUGACAACCUUUGCUUCAUACAUAGUUUUGUAGACAGUAGAAGGUGAAGAUGCUCACCCCAGACACGAAGGACAACCUAAGAGUAUUAUAUGCGUCAGUCGUGUCCUAGAUGUGUGUACAUAGUUAUAGAGUUAUGAGGUUGAGCGAACACUUGACACAGCCGCUACUCAUAUUUAGCGCCGUGUCCCCGCUGGAUAACUGUGAUUAAUGUCUCGUUCACUACAGAUGAUGUUGGAGAGUGAGAGUGAGAGAGAGGUUGACCAGCAUAUUAUCUCUGUGUAAAUAUGAGCUGAGUCUGACCUUAGAAACCAAAUAAAAGGAAAAGAAAGACGAGAGCUUGAGUGUGUACCUUGAAGCUAAACAGUGAUAUAAGAAGGCAGGCCAGAGGUGAGCUGUGUUUACCCACCAAGAGAGGCUGCUACCUGUGUCGACAAAACCGUCAACAUUACUAUAAAGAGUUAGCACCGAGUGGAGGAGAGUGAACCUACGAGUUGGACCAUCGGUUGUCUGUUAAUGCACUGAGUGGCUGAUAACGUUGGCAUACAUGUAUAUAGUGUACUACAUACUGGUUGUAUAAUAGAGACUAUAAUAUGCUUAUUUACAGAGGUGAAUAUUCAGUUGGUAGUCAGAGGAACUGAUCUCACCUUAAAACUGUUGCUUGUCAUGACUUACGAUGCACACGGACUUGUAUAGAAGAAUUAAUACAGGAAUAAAGUUAGUCAGUAGAGCAACAGUAAGGUAGAACCACUAGUUGACUCAGUCGACCAAAACUCCAGUCAAGACUCACUACAGCUGAGAUUAAAAGACGAGCAAACAUUCGCCUGGCGUAGUUCCCAUCACACUGUAAUUACUAUGAUGUAGUUAACCACCAUCAACUGCUCGUACUGGCGUAACUGAUUGGGUAUAUUGACAUUGUUCUUCACGGUGGAGGCACAGUAGCUGUCAGACCCAAUAAAGGUAACGAAACACUGACCUUCCAACUUGUUACUUAAGGAGGCAACAGCUAACAUACCAUAACAUAAAGCUAACUAUGUGCAGUUACGUAACACCUAGACAGCUAAAUACUGUUAAAAAUAUAUCUAUAACAAAAGCUAAAUAUCUGUCAUUCUUAGUCCAGCAGGUAUUUGGCAUCGAUGUUUCUUAAUUAGUGGAGGUAUUGGCAGGUGUUUGUAGUGAGAUGUAAGUGGGUUAGCAGGUGUACAAUUGUGUGUGUGUGGGUGGGUGGGUGUGGUCGAAGUAGCAGGUGUGGGCUGAUCUAAUUACAGGUGUAGACGAUCGAACACCAAUGUUUACUUAAUCAGGAUAUAAAUAAAAUGGGAGUCACUAAUCUAGUAUACCUAACCUAACCUAACCUAUUACAAAUAAAAUUCAUUAGUUCUGGGUCCCAAUCUAGAUAAAUCAGAUUAUAAUAGGUAUAACAUCCCUAUUUAGAACACGGGGGACCACCUAAUAAACCACCACCCGUGUAAUCUACCCCCUCCCCCAUCGUCAUCCCCCUAAUCACCCAUCAUCCCCCCCCCCAGCUCCCCCAACCCCCCCUCCACCUCAACACAUAACUAAGGUAAAUGUGAUAUUCCCGAGAUUCUAUUGAUUCUAAUUCCGACUGACUUUACCUUAUCAUCUAUUAGUCUCUUGUACCGACGGUGCUGAGGGAGUAGAGUCAAGGAGAUACAUACACAUACACACACACGGUAGAGAAGUAUUAGGGAGUAGUAUCAAACACCGCCGGUACAACAGAUACUAUAAGUUGUUGUUUUUAUCAGUUUUACAUUGAUGUUUUUUUGAUGUUUUUUUCUUCAUUUAUACCAAGUUUGAUAAGAUCUGUUGUAUACCAGAUGUAGAUAAUUUGGUUUAAUAUGUAUGUAUAGAUAUAUAUAUAUAUAUAUAAACAGUUUAUAUGGAGAA